UGGGACUUAGUUGGGCGUCUCUGGCGGAGCAGGAGGGAGGGCGGGCCGAGAGCUCCGGCGCCUGCUGCGGCUCAGCUGCGGACCCGCGGGCGGACCCCGAGCCCCCAGGGAAGCGCGGGGCGCACCGGGCAGGCGGGGCCAUGGCCAGGACCCCGGCCCUGCGGCCCCGGGGACGCUGACCGGGCAGCCUCCGCCCGCCUUCCCGCGCGCCGGCGCCGGACGCCCGGGGACCCAGCGUCCGCCUCCCGGCCGUCGGGGGCUGCCUCCCCCCGGGGUCGGGGAGCCCGCGCCCCGGCCAUGCCAUGCCGCCGGACCCGAAGGACACGCUCUACAUAGUGCUGGAGCUGGUCAUCGCCGGCCUGUCCAUCGCGGGCAACGUGCUGGUGUGCUGCGCCGUGGCCACCAACAGCACCCUGAAGACGGCCACCAACUACUUCCUGGUGUCCCUGGCCGUGGCCGACAUCGCCGUGGGGCUCCUGGCCAUCCCCUUCGCCAUCACCAUCAGCGUGGGCUUCUGCACCGACUUCCACAGCUGCCUCUUCCUCGCCUGCUUCGUGCUGGUGCUCACGCAGAGCUCCAUCUUCAGCAUGCUGGCCGUGGCCGUCGACAGGUACCUGGCCAUCAAGAUCCCGCUCAGGUACAAGAGCUUGGUGACCGGGACACGGGCCAGAGGGGUGAUUGCCGUGCUCUGGAUCCUCGCCUUCGGCAUCGGCCUGACCCCCCUCAUGGGAUGGAAUAACAAGGCUGACGCCCUCACCCACAACUGCACCAACGGAACCGGGGAAGAGAAGUGCUGCUCUGUGAAAUGUCUCUUUGAGAACGUGGUCACCAUGCCUUACAUGGUCUACUUUAACUUCUUCGGCUGCGUCCUGCCCCCGCUGCUCAUCAUGCUGGCCAUCUACAUCAAGAUCUUCCUGGUGGCCUGCCACCAGCUGCGGCGCAUGGAGCUCAUGGACCACUCGCGGACCACGCUGCAGCGGGAGAUCCACGCGGCCAAGUCCCUGGCCAUGAUCGUGGGCAUCUUUGCCCUGUGCUGGCUGCCCGUGCACGCCACCAACUGCCUCACCCUCUUCAAUAAAGACUUUGCCAAGACCAAGCCCAAGGAGCUGAUGCACACGGUCAUCCUGCUGUCGCACGCCAACUCCGUCGUCAACCCCAUCAUCUACGCCUACCGGAUACGGGACUUCCGCUGCACCUUCCGCAAGCUCAUCUCGAGGUACGUCCUCUGUCAGACGGAUGACCUCCCCAAGAGCGGCAACGGACAGUCGGGGAUGACGCAGACCCUGGACGCGGACGUAUGACCCUGCGUGACCCAGGA